GCUACUGUUUGUGUGAAAGAACUUGAAAGAGAGAAAAAGUUAUGUCAAGGUCAAAAGAAAUGACGACUUCCUCUUCCUUGAGCUCGCGCGGAACUGUGAAAAGGAACAAUGGCGGCUCCGCUUGGAGAAUACAUGAUGAAAACAAAGUUUACUGUUACUUUGUUUACAGUGUUUGCUUUACUUCUGAACGGUGCAUCUGAUGUCGCCACAGAACUCGUGUCAGUGUUUGUGAUGAAGGGAGAUUCAGUCACUCUUCACACUAAUAUCACAAUGAACCAACGAGGAAGAUUUAAAUGGUAUUUCAUUGAUGAUCUCAUCGCUCAAAUCAAUGGAGAUCUCCGUUAUAUCUGCACAGAUGUUCAGUGUAAUAAAGAAGAUGAGAGAUUCAGAGACAGACUGAAGCUGGAUCAUCAGUCUGGUGAUCUUACGAUCGCAGACAUCAUCACCUCAGAUAGAGGAGUGUAUCGACUACAGACCUUCCAAGGCAGACACAUUAAAAAGACUUUCAAUGUUGAUGUUAAUGGUGUUGCUGCUGAAGUGAAGAGAAAGUCAGUGAAGGACGGAGAAUCUGUCACUUUAGACACUCCUGGAGUAAAAAACCCAUAUGAUGUGAUCACGUGGUGCUUUAAUGACUCUCUCAUUGCUGAAAUCACUGGAGAUCAGACUCACAUCUGUACAGAUGUUCACUGUGAAGAGAGAUUCAGAGACAGACUGAAGCUGGAUCAGACUGGAUCUCUGAUCAUCACACACACCAGAUCCACAGACUCUGGAGAUUAUACACUGAAGAUCAGAUCCAUGAGAAACCACUACAGUGUCACCAGCAUUAAGAGCUUCACCGUGUCUGUGACUGGUUCAGGUCUGUCUUCAGCUGCUGUAGCAGGAAUUGUUGGUGUUGUUCUGCUGCUGCUGACUGUUGUAGCUGCUGCUGCUGUGAUUCACUAUCGCUGCAGGAGCUCCAUUAAGGAUGAAGGGAGCCCUCAGGAUCGGAGAGGAUCAUGUGCCGUGACCGUUUGCUUGCUUUUUUGA